GCGUGUCGCAGUCGCAGUCGCUGCAGAGCGGGCACCCGCAGGUGCACCUGCUCCUCACGCGCCUGGCGCAGGUGGAGGACAAGCCCGUGCUGGAGCCCGAGCUGCUGAGCCAGCUGCCAGCUCUGUACGACAGCGUGUCGGAGGACCUGGCGCGGGGGGACCUGGCCGUGCGCUGGGACAGCGGCCAGUGCCAGGCUUCGACGCCCGCUCUGGGAGGCGUGACGGCGGCGCCAGGUGGCCUGGCUUGGGAGCGCGACCAGCGACGCCGCGUCGGGGCCGAGGCGCUGCGGCACGACCUGGCGGCCACCGACGACGACGCCGCCGCCGACGGCAGGGGCCUCGGCGAUGGGGGGGUGCCCGCAGGCGGCCCCUUUGUGGCUCGGGCGCCCGUGCUUCCGCCGCCACCGCAGGACCCUGCGCAACUCGACCUGGCGAAGUACAUCAUCGGUUCCUUGGAGACCUCGAUGGGCAGCCGCAUCCAGGGCAGAGAGACGAGCGUGACCAGCCUGCGGAGGACCACGGAGGCGAGCGCACGGGACAUAGCGCCCGUGCAAGCCAAGCUGCGAGCCCAGGAGGCCAGGCUCGACGCGCUCGAGUCGAGCAGAGCCUCCUCCGCUGCGAGCACCGCCGCACCGCGGCCUGGGCUUGGCGCCGUUCCCUCCGUGGCGGACCCCUGGAACACCUACAUGCAGCAGCAGCGUGACGGUGCAGCAGUGGGCCCUCCGCCGCCAGCGUUGUCCGCUCGGGGCAGGCCGGGGAAGAACACCAAUCAUGUGGUUUUCGUGGCAGGCUUCCCAGGCACCUGGGACAAGGAGGAGGUCGAGCGCCACUUGACGACGGAGCUGUCCAAGACAGCCAAGGUGGUCUUCGCGGGCACAAGCAAGAUGUGGGCCUUCGUGAAGCGCGGGAAGGGGCUGACGAUCCCGUGUCCUGGCGCCAAGAACGACAAGCUGUGGCAUAAGGUGGUGCACCGUAACAGCAGCGUGGGGCUCCCGAUCAAGGUGCUGACGAGAGCUCGCAGCGCCGACCUGUUAGAGAUCUGCCAGGAUCCUCUGUCGAGCGCUCUGCUUGAACAGGAGCUGAAGGACAUGGGGGUUCAGGACAAGCUGGGCGAGACCAACGACCCACCGAGAGCCCAGUGGUAA